AUGCCCAGCAAACAGCACGCGGAAUCCCCUCAUUUCCGCCCCUGCUUCCCCUCCUUUCCCCCCACGCAUCCCCUCAUUUCCGCCCCUGCUUCCCCUCCUUUCCCCCCACGCAUCCCCUCAUUUCCGCCCCUGCUUCCCCUCCUUUCCCCCCACGCAUCCCCUCAUUUCCGCCCCUGCUUCCCCUCCUUUCCUACCACUCAUCCCCUCAUUUCCGCCCCUGCUUCCCCUCCUUUCCCCCCACGCAUCCCCUCAUUUCCGCCCCUGCUUCCCCUCCUUUCCCCCCACGCAUCCCCUCAUUUCCGCCCCUGCUUCCCCUCCUUUCCCCCCACGCAUCCCCUCAUUUCCGCCCCUGCUUCCCCUCCUUUCCCCCCACGCAUCCCCUCAUUUCCGCCCCUGCUUCCCCUCCUUUCCCCCCACGCAUCCCCUCAUUUCCGCCCCUGCUUCCCCUCCUUUCCCCCCACGCAUCCCCUCAUUUCCGCCCCUGCUUCCCCUCCUUUCCCCCCACGCAUCCCCUCAUUUCCGCCCCUGCUUCCCCUCCUUUCCCCCCACGCAUCCCCUCAUUUCCGCCCCUGCUUCCCCUCCUUUCCCCCCACGCAUCCCCUCAUUUCCGCCCCUGCUUCCCCUCCUUUCCCCCCACGCAUCCCCUCAUUUCCGCCCCUGCUUCCCCUCCUUUCCCCCCACGCAUCCCCUCAUUUCCGCCCCUGCUUCCCCUCCUUUCCCCCCACGCAUCCCCUCAUUUCCGCCCCUGCUUCCCCUCCUUUCCCCCCACGCAUCCCCUCAUUUCCGCCCCUGCUUCCCCUCCUUUCCCCCUACGUAUCCCCUCAUUUCCGCCCCUGCUUCCCCUCCUUUCCCCCCACGCAUCCCCUCAUUUCCGCCCCUGCUUCCCCUCCUUUCCCCCCACGCAUCCCCUCAUUUCCGCCCCUGCUUCCCCUCCUUUCCCCCCACGCAUCCCCUCAUUUCCGCCCCUGCUUCCCCUCCUUUCCCCCCACGCAUCCCCUCAUUUCCGCCCCUGCUUCCCCUCCUUUCCCCCUACGCAUCCCCUCAUUUCCGUCCCUGCUUCCCCUCCUUUCCCUUCACGCAUCCCCUCAUUUCCGCCCCUGCUUCCCCUCCUUUCCCCCCACGCAUCCCCUCAUUUCCGCCCCUGCUUCCCCUCCUUUCCCCCCACGCAUCCCCUCAUUUCCGCCCCUGCUUCCCCUCCUUUCCCCCCACGCAUCCCCUCAUUUCCGCCCCUGCUUCCCCUCCUUUCCCCCCACGCAUCCCCUCAUUUCCGCCCCUGCUUCCCCUCCUUUCCCCCCACGCAUCCCCUCAUUUCCGCCCCUGCUUCCCCUCCUUUCCCCCCACGCAUCCCCUCAUUUCCGCCCCUGCUUCCCCUCCUUUCCCCCCACGCAUCCCCUCAUUUCCGCCCCUGCUUCCCCUCCUUUCCCCCCACGCAUCCCCUCAUUUCCGCCCCUGCUUCCCCUCCUUUCCCCCCACGCAUCCCCUCAUUUCCGCCCCUGCUUCCCCUCCUUUCCCCCCACGCAUCCCCUCAUUUCCGCCCCUGCUUCCCCUCCUUUCCCCCCACGCAUCCCCUCAUUUCCGCCCCUGCUUCCCCUCCUUUCCCCCCACGCAUCCCCUCAUUUCCGCCCCUGCUUCCCCUCCUUUCCCCCCACGCAUCCCCUCCUUUCCCUCCCUGCUUCCCCUCCUUUCCCUCCCUGCAUCCCCUCCUGUCCCCCCCCCCCACAGCAUCCCCUCAUUUCCCCCCCUGCAUCCCCUCCUUCCCCUCCCUGCAUCCCCUCCUGUCCUCCCCCCCACAGCAUCCCCUCCUUUCCCUCCCUCACUUCCCCCUUCUGCUUGCCCCUUUUCCUCUCCAUCCCCUCCCUUCACUCUCCUUCCGUAUCCAUUUUCUUCCCUCACUCGUCCAUUUUCCUCCCUUCCCUCUCCUCCCCCGUCCAACCUCCUCCCUUUUCUCUCCUCCUCGUCAUUUCUCCUCCCUUCCAUCUCCUCUCUCAUCCAAUCUUCUUCUAG